AUAACACCUCUUGUUAUGUUGUUACAUUAUAAGAAAGAUAAUCUACCAGAAAUAAAAAUGCUGGAAGGAGCAAGAUAUCUCUGUUCCUCACAGACCUUUUCCAUUUUUGUGCUUUAGUAAUCUGCCAACACUUGAAGCUAGCUUCUUUACUUUCUUUUACAACUGAUGUUAUUUUGUUUUCUGCGUUUGUCAGUUAGUAGGCAAAUGGAGGAAUGAGCCCAGUUAGAAUUACUCCUUCAACUCAUAGGUCUGUUUCAUCUCGACUGUGGAGGCUUAGCAUCUUUCUACUACUUAGCCUUCCUGACUCAAAAGGAAAAGCAAUAUGGACAGCUCAUCUGAACAUAACAUUUCAGGUGGGAAAUCAGAUUAUAUCAGAACUAGGAGAGAGUGGAGUGUUUGGGAAUCAUUCUCCUCUGGAAAGGGUGUCUGGUGUAGUGGUACUUCCUGAAGGAUGGAAUCAGAAUGCUUGUAAUCCAUUGACCAACUUCAGCAGGCCAGAACAGGCAGACUCUUGGCUGGCCCUCAUUGAACGGGGAGGCUGUACUUUUACACAUAAAAUCAACGUGGCAGCAGAAAAGGGAGCAAAUGGGGUGAUCAUCUAUAACUAUCCAGGUACGGGCAACAAAGUGUUUCCUAUGUCUCACCAGGGAACAGAAAACAUAGUUGCAGUGAUGAUAGGCAACCUAAAAGGCAUGGAACUUUUGCACUUGAUUCAGAAAGGAGUCUAUGUGACCAUCAUCAUUGAAGUGGGGAGAAUGCACAUGCCAUGGCUAAGCCACUAUGUCAUGUCUCUGUUUACCUUCCUGGCAGCCACAGUUGCCUACCUUUUCUUGUACUGUGCCUGGAGACCUAGAGCACCCAAUUCUUCCACCAUAAGACGAAGACAGAUAAAGGCUGAUGUGAAGAAAGCUAUUGGUCAGCUUCAACUUCGAGUGCUCAAAGAAGGGGAUAAGGAGCUAGAUCCAAAUGAGGACAACUGCGUUGUUUGUUUUGACAUAUACAAACCUCAAGAUGUAGUACGUAUUUUAACUUGCAAGCAUUUUUUCCAUAAGACAUGCAUUGACCCCUGGCUUUUAGCCCAUAGGACAUGCCCCAUGUGCAAAUGUGACAUUCUGAAAACUUAGAAACCUAGAGCCUCUUCUGAAGAUAUAGCCAGAUCUUUUCAAACAUUAUGAUUAGAUGGAUUCUCUUACUGCACUUUAUUUAUAGAGAAAAUUUCAACUUCAUCUUCUCUUCUCAAAUACUAAAGAGGGUGAAAUUCAUGUGUUUUAAAAAUAAAACUCCAUAUCAUGCCCACCUA